AUGUACUAUACACUGAUCAUUUUGUUCUAUUAUCAUCAAUCCCUACUGUUACAUACAACAUCAGCUUCAUCAUUAUUAUUUACGCUUAAUAAUGUUCGAUAUUUAUUAUCUGAUCGUAUUUUAACAAUACCAAAAUUAGGUUCUUUACGUGGAAUAUAUAUAGAUUAUGAUAAUGAAUAUAAUGAAAAAUAUAAUCUUGUUAAUGUUGAAGCAUAUCUUGGUAUACAAUAUGGUUUAUAUCAUGAAAGAUUUGAACCAUCAAAAGAACGAUUUAAUUUACAUCCAAAUACAAAAGUUAAUAAACAAAUUGAAUUUGGACCAGCUUGUUCACAAUAUAUAUGGAAAAAUGAAAGUGAAUUAAUUCGAAUACGUACAAAAAAAUUUGCACAAGAAUAUUAUCCAAAAUUAUUAAAAUUUAUUUUAAAACAAAAUGAACAACAAUGUCUUUAUAUGAAUAUUUAUCAACCACAAAUAAAAAAUUUAAAAGAACGUCUUCCUGUACUUCUUUUUAUUCAUGGUGAUGGUUAUGAUAUGAGUACGGGUGCAGCAUUCGAUGGAGCUAUAUUUGCUAGUUAUACUAAAACAAUUGUUGUUACAAUCAACUAUCGACUUGGUCCCUUUGGAUUUCUUUAUAUAUCAAAAGACAAUAAAGGUGAUUAUGCAUUACAAGAUAUAUAUACAGCUUUACAUUGGCUCAAAAAUUAUGUGACAAAUUUUAAUGGUGAUCCUGAUCGUAUUACAUUAUAUGGAACUGGAUCAGGAGCUGUAUUAGCUAGUCUUGUUGUUAUGCUUGAAACUGUUAAUGGUGGUACAGGAAUAAUAAAACGACGAAAAUCACUUGUUCAUCGUCUUAUUUUAAAUGAACAAACAUUUCUAUCACCAUAUAUGACAUCAACAUUAGAAGAAAUAUCUUCUUAUCAAUCAAAUAUUCUUUCUUAUUUAUCAUGUUCAACAUUCGAUUGUCUUCGUAAUCAAAGUAUAAUAAAAACAAAUGAUUUUUUACAAUUAAAUACAUAUUCAAAUGAUAAUCGACAUAUGAAUUAUAUAUGUCCACUUGAAAAUCCAUUUCCAUUUUAUUCAAAUUUAUUAAUUAAUAAUGAUCAUAUGAAUAUAUUACGUUUAAAAUUUUUUCAACAAGGUCAUCAACUUUUACCAGAAAAUCUUUCAAUAUUUUUAACAUCAUCGUCAUCAAUUCUUCGAACAAAAUUACCAUUACAAAUCGAUAUGAAAAAUUCAAUUAUGAAUAAUAUUAUUGAAUAUUUAUUUAAUUAUGCUUAUAUUAAAUGGAAUAAAACAUCAAAUCAAUUUGAUUUUGAUGAACAAACAUUAAAUUAUCAUCAACAAAUUAUUGCACCAUUACUUCAAUAUGUUAAAUAUAUAUCAAAUGAGAGAAAAAUUUUUUUUUU